CCCGCUCCCGCCCCGGUGCCGCCGGCGGAGGCAGCGCGGCUCGGCCCAGCAUGGAGGGGACGCGGGGCGCCCUGCUCCGCCUCGCCGCCGCCUGCUGCCUGCUCUGCGCCCUGCCAGGAGAAGGAGGGAAGGCAACAGAGACCUCGGUGACAGCACCUUUUCUUAGCACCACGCCAACCUCCCAUCAGCUCAGGGAAACCUCUGACCUCAGUCCAGACACUACCGCUGUUCCAGAGAGAAGCUUGGGGAUAAACGUGACUGCUGCAACGUUCAAUGUCAGUGGAGCCCACAGUGUGGAGGUGGAAGAUGCCUCCAUCUCUGCCACCACCGUGGCAGGCACUGAGGCAGAGAGACUGCAGGCUUCCACUACUGCCAGCCCCGCAGACGUCCCAGUUACACACCAGGAGCACCACAACGUGAGCUCACCCGAUAACAGCAGCACUGACAUCUCCUCCCCUGCCCCGACAGCCAGUACUCCGGAAGAAAAUCAGCCUGACCAUGAAGUGACGGAGCCUUUCAGCACAACCGAAGAAAUGGAUGAUGCCAACAGUGCAACCCCAACGACUCCUCUGAACAGCAUGCUCGCAACCACCAACAGCUCUCAGCUGGGGCCUUCAGACAGACAGACCGUGGGGCCCACAGAGGCAAGGUCUGAAACCAGGCCAGCAACAAGUCCUGUGGGUGCCACAGAGGUGAGCACCGUGGAGCCCAGAACCUCCUCUGCUCCCGUCUCCACUGUAGGGAGCACAUCCUCUACUACUGCCUCCAGUGCCAUUACAGCGAGACCCCCUGUGACCAGCUCCGCCACGAGCGUAGCCACCAGCCCCACCAGCACAUCUACACUGGGGCACCCGUUAGAGCCCAUGCAUGAGAAAGCCUCUGUGUUGGAUGUUGGUGAUGACGAAAACCCAGAGCUACCUAGUUCUCCUUUGGCUGAUACAACGAGGGCCGAUCCCUUGGUAAUCACAGUGAUCUCCGUCUUCAUCGUCAUGGUGGGCAUCCUCGGCCUGGUGGGCUUCCUGCGAUACCGCCAGCACAACAGCCGCAUGGAGUUCCGGCGCCUCCAGGACCUCCCCAUGGAUGACAUGAUGGAGGACACUCCCCUCUCACUCUACAGCUACUAGGCACCCAGGCUGUCCUCCGCCUGGCAGGCUGAACUUCCCAGAGGAGAAGGCCUUGAGGACUUGGUCCCAGACAAUCUGCUGACAAAUGAGGGGGCUCUGACUUGCACACAACUGAAAGAUAUUUUUUUCAGGUGGCUUUUGGUUUUAGAUUUUUUAAAUAGUUCAAUGUUGAAGUUUUUAUGUUGGGAAUCAGAGCCCAGGUCUGGCUUAUUCCUCCAGGCUCUCCUCAAAAAGAUGCCCUGAAGAGGUGCCUCCUCCUUUUCAUGGGGUGACCAAUUAGCCAAGACAACUUUUACCAUCACAUUCUGCAUGGAGUUCUUCUGUCCAUCUUCGCAGCUGCUGCUUUCAAAGGAGAUGGGCAAGUGAUCCAUGCAAAAGCUGUUAAACUGAUGGGGUCAGCAAAGUGCUAGCAAAGGAGACUGCUGUUUUCUGAGGGAUCCAAGGAUGAGAAGAUCAGUUAUCUUAGGCUCCCUCUUGUUCCGUGUUUUUAAGUAUUUUUUUUUCCUUGCACUUUUUUUUUGCUCCUGUUUCAGCUUUAGUCCUGGGCUUGACACUGCACAUCCUGAAACACCUGCUGGGAGGGUGACAGACUGCUCUGCUUCCUUCCGACAUGCAUGCCUUUUCUCUUCAAGGGAAAACAGUUGUGUGGCCACUAGAGAAGCACCCUCGCUACCUAUGUUGCUUUAAAGUUGCUGGAAGGAAAUGAGCACGAUUUUAGCUCAACAGGGCUUGACAGAACCCAGUCUGUUGCCAACUAGACACACUAAUUUGGCCUCACCAAACUUAGGAAGCUGGGUCUCCCGUACUUGACACUUUUAGCAUAUGCAUAACUCCUUGCUCAGGCUCCAUAAGUGCUUUAGUCCACUUUCCUGUCUGGAUUGACACGUGCCUUUCCUCAGGUACCUGCCAUUUUGCUGCUAGCAUCUGGUUUCUGAAAAUUGUUGUACAAAUCCAGCUCUGCACUGUCCCUCCUCUGUCAGUGCAAGGCCAAAGCUCCUUUACCUUUUAAUGUUGUUUUUUUUGAGCCAGUUAGUGUCAUGAGGACAUAUGCUGGAUGUAGGUGCCUUCUUCCCCUUCCCUUUCUAGAUGUUAGGCUGGUUAGAUUCUGUAUUUUUGCCUCAAAAUGUCACUGCUGUAAACUGCAAGGCUUUUAAGGUCCUUCAAGGAAACCCAGGGCCCAGAGCCUCUGAGUGCAAGUCAGGAUCUUCAGAUGCCCUCACUUCAGAAAGACUGGAUAGUGCAUGACACAGAAGUAUUCAUGUAAUUAGUACCUGCUCCUGUUUUUUAAUUCACAUUUGACUGCAGGUAAAGAGAAACACAUGCCUUCUCUAGAGUGUUUGAUUUUUGACUAAGGCAGUUGUUCCCUCGGGAUACAGCAAGGGCUAGAAGUUCUCUACCACGUUGCUCUUAGAAGCCUCUGUCUCUCCUCUCCUUUCAGUAGCAACACGUGGACCCCACGAAGGACGGAUAGACUCACAAACAAAAGUACCUAUUUUUUUUCCGGUUCUGUUAUUGCUUUUCUUAGCAGGGAAAGGGAAAUUUUUCCCAUCAGCAAGGCUCUAAUUAUCUACAAGGCCCAAAGGUGGAGCAGAACUGGUCUGGGCCAAAUAGAUGAACUGGGUAAAGCAGCAGUUCCUCCUUCCUGCGGUACUUCCGAAGUGGCUGACAAGUGGCUGCAGUGCAGUUCAGAUUCAGCUGUUGGCUUUGGCCUUGCAUCUGUUUAUUGUAAGGAUGCCCAGUACAAUGGGGAAGAACGGUUGGUUCUCUCCCUACUAUUAUUGCAUGAAAACUAAAGGGCAAUUGUCACAGCUCCAAAGCUUUUGUAUCAAGCAUUGUCUGCACAGAGCAAUCUCCCUAGCUACAGACUUGUUUCCCCUGCCGGAGGGCAGGGUGCUACUGGUUUUUCGCACAAAGAGAGGCAAGUUAGUGGUGGAAAACAGAACUCCAUCCUGGCUGGAACUGGUGCAGGCUGGCAUAGCUGGAAGGUGUCUCUGCACAAAACCAAAAGGGCAGGGGCUGGCUGUUCUGGCUUCCCACACGUUGCUGUGCAGGGGAAAGGGGUGAGGAAGAAAACUCGCCCAACACCAAAGUGCAACUUUCUUUGUAAAAUAUGUUUAUAGUGGAUUUUUUUUUCUGCAAUAAAGUUACAAAUGCCAAAGGUG